GAACACAAACAUUCUCUUUUUAGAAAAUACUUUGGGGGCAGACAGUAACAACCGGGGAAAUAUUACAAAAAUAAAAAGUUGAUCACAACCAAUGGAGAAAGUUGUCACCAAGGCGGUCAGUGAGCCGGCGCUGCCGUCGAAGUCGGUGCCGGGGCUGGGGUUCAAGAACGUGGCGGUCGCGGAGCGCUCGCUGCGGGCGCUUCGUGGUAGGGACCCAUCCUACCAGAAGAUGGUCGUCAACGCACUCAUGUCCAACGCCCGGUGCGUUCUCCGGUUGACGCGUAAAAAUAAGAAGAUUACCAAUAUUAUGGCAGCCAUGGCCGUCUUUGAACGUUUCAUCGAAGAAUUUGACUCGAAACGCCUUGGCAAACAGAACAACCCGUACCUUUCCCUGGAAACAGUGAAGAAAGUAGUAGAACUAGCUGGGGACAACAUUCCUGAACAGCAGAGAUCGUUCAUAGCGGCGUACAGCAGCGUGCGCGGCGAGUACCAACGUCUGCGCAACGUGCGCGUGGAGGAAGAGGACACUACUUGGGACAUCGUCAGGCACAGAGAGCUGCAGAAACUGAAGCGGAAGCUCAAACGCGAGGAUCUUUUCGAUGAUGAUGGCCAGUUUACUGAGGAACACAUAGAAAUGUUACUCUGGGCAUACACCCCCGACCGGAGGAGAGUGUGGGAGUACUUCUACGAGCCUAGGAUGCACGAGGAGAGGGAGAUUGAGAUAGACGUUAACGCAUGCAUGAGCAGUGACGAGGAGGACGGGAGUGACAGCGAGAGACGGCGCAGCAAGAGGCUAAAGAAGAUAUCCAAAUUGAAAGACGCUAUGACGACUAUAGAGAGCACAAUUCUAGACCUCAAGGAGCAAAACUUGAGCAAGGAGUAUCCAUACCUGUCGCUUAAUUUAGUUAAGAAAGCGGAGGACCUGGCUGGAGAUAGCGUUACUGAACUUCAGAAAUCGUUCAUAUCAGCGUACAGCAGCGUGUCGGGCGAGUACAAACGUCUGCGCACCGUGCGAGCGCCGGGCGACGACUCCACCUGGGACAUCGUCAGGAACACACACCUCAAACUCAUCAAGGAGAAGCUCGGUGGCGCGAAGCUGUUUACUGAAGACGACGACCCAACGCCGGAACACAUCGAGAUGUUACUUUGGGCGUACUCCCCCGAGCCUAAGCGAGUCGCAAAGGAAUUCAAUUUUUUCGAGAACAAAGACACGCCAGAAGAAGAGAGUGAGAGGGACAGGAUUAGUGAGGGACAAGACAAGAGUGAUGCCAGUGAUAAAAAUGAUGAUAGUGACGAAAUUGGUAGAAAAAGACCAAGCGGUGACAGGGACGGCGAGUGUGGCAGCACACCACGGCGCAGCAAGCAUGCAGAAGCGAAGCUCGAAGCACACGAAGACGCGAAGUUGCGGUCCACGGCACAGACACGUCUGUCGUCGUCGGCGGCACCGGAGCGAAAGGACGCGUCUCGCGGCACGCGCCCUAUUAUAGCCUCGCGCUGUGCUCGCGACAUCACGACGAACGGCGACCGCGACGGCGCAUGCGCGCAGCCGCUCUGUCGAGCCUUGCGACGAACGCGCGCUGCUAUUGGUAGAUGA